AUGAUUUAUGGUAUCGUCUUAUUCCCUUCAAGAGAGAACUUUGUGAGUUUGGCGGCGAUUUGUGUCUUUAUGAACAAAAACCCCGUGCCAACGUUGCUUGCAGAUGCUUAUUUUUCGAUCCAUUCGAGAAGUAAGAAGGGAGGAUAUGUUGUUGGUUCUUGUCUUCCGUUGUUGUACCAGUGGUUCAUGUUGCAUUUGCCGGUGAGAGGACCUUUUAUACUCAAGAAGAGUUCUCUUAAAUGGUCAGAUAGGAUUGUUAACCUCACAUCUUAUGAGAUCAGGUGGAAUUAUUGUGUGGGGAAAAUUUGGAACAUCAUCACUAGUUGCGGUCAAUAUCCCAACGUUCCUCUCAUGGGAACCAGAGGUUGCAUUAGUUACAAUCCCACACUCUCCUAUCGUCAAUUGGGAUAUGCAAUGGAAAGGGCUCAUAAUGAUGUAGAAGCGUUUGAAUCAGUGUACUUUGCUGAUGGUAAAGAUCCUCCAGAGCUAGAGAAGAUAGCGUAUGCUUGGACCAAAGUUCACAAGAGAGAUCAGAAUACUUUGAGCAAGAAGGUUCCUAUUGCUAUGGGUCCUUAUCGAAAGUGGGUUGAAGCGAGAGUGAAAGAUCUGUUGUUGCCAUUUGCAAGGUCAUGUCCAUUGUAUGAGCAACCUCCAGUGGUUUUAUCUGAUACAGUUGCGGCUGAACUCUAUAUUCAAACUGAAGCGGACAACAUCAAACUAAGAGCAAAGGACAAUGAGGUUGGCUUGGAGAGGUAUUUUCAAGAUCACGAAAAGGCGGAAUUGGCUCGUAAGCUCAAGCAUGCGCAAGGUGAAGGUUCAAGCAUGACACGUGCCCAAAGGCGAUCGCAUGACUUGAUGGAAGAAAGCUUGUACCGAAAACAGCAGGAAUGUGCAAAGUUGCUAAGGUCCAAAAACAAUAGCAAGAGAAGGAUGCAGGAUUCAGAACAACAGUUGAUGGAAGAAAAAGCCAAGUCAGCUCGACUUGAAGAAGAGCUCGCAAGCCUCCGAUCCCAGCGGAGAGGAGAUGGAGGAGCUCUUUCUGUUGUCAGACGAUCCUAG